UCCCUUCUACGGAUGCUGCAGUAAAGUUGGCCGCGCGUGCGCACACACUGUCUUCUUUUUUUUCUUGGAAGCACCGCUGACCCAUCGCACCAUGUCAGAUCCCGAUCUUGACUUCACGGUUGGCGAGUCUGGCGCCUCCGCCACCUACCCCAUGCAGUGCUCUGCUCUGCGUAAGAACGGGUACGUGGUGCUGAAGGGACACCCCUGCAAAAUCGUGGAGAUGUCAACCUCCAAGACCGGCAAGCACGGACAUGCCAAGGUAAACAUGGUUGGUAUCGACAUCUUCACCAACAAGAAGCAUGAAGAUAUGUGCCCCUCCACCCACAACAUGGAUGUUCCCUCCAUCAAGAGGCUGGAUUACCAGCUUGUUAACAUCAAUGACGGCUACAUGUGCCUGAUGAGCGACACCGGUGACAUCAGGGAGGACCUUCGUGUCCCCGACAGCGAAAUCGGCAGAGAAAUUGAGGGAAAGUUUGAGGCUGGUGACGAAUUUGUGGUCACCGUCAUCGCUGCAAUGGGAGAGGAAUGUGCUGUCGCUACCAAGGUCUUGGCCAGCAAAUAAGGAGACGGACUUGGCUUCCCAGGCAACAAGCUCCACCCACAACCGGUCUCUUGCAUUCUCAUUGGUUCUGUCACCAAAGCGUCGGCCUUCACAGACAACCUCAAUCAUACUGUUGUGAUUUCCCAUCAUUUUAUUCCCAAUUAUCCUCCCCCGUCCUUCUCCCUUUUCUUUUCUUUCUUCAUUUCUCUUUCCCAUUUGCUGUUUGGGGGUAAAGUCCCACCGCAGCUCGCUGCGUGGUCCUCUGCUCUGAUCAUCGAGGUUUUGUUGGGUAACAAUCUACUUUAUAUAUAAAAAACGACUUCAAAAAAUAAUGAUCAGUUGCUCAUUCCUGCUUUAUUUUUUGCCUUCAAAGUGUUGGUUUCGCCACUCACAUUCCUGAAUGUUUUAAUAACAACGGGAUUCAGCUUUUGUAUGAUUAUUUUCUUUUUUUAAUAUAUAUAUUCUUGAAUAUAGCGGGUGUAAAGCCUUUUAGAAGCAAGGGGAGGGGAGGGGGUGAAGUUCUUGAGUUGUUAAGGCAGUGGGAGGGAUGCUGGUCCCUGUAGAUUUUUAAUUCUGGUUUAGGCCGUCCCUCUAGCAGCCAGACCGCUUUCCAGCAUGGCCUCUGCUCCGGUCCCCGCGGGGCUCGACGAGCCGCGUUGUCCUUCCCCCUAACUGCUGGGAUUGGUGGUGGCGAGCACUUAUGAGCACUUGAGGUCCACCCCAGCAUGUCAAAGCUCUGAAACCAAGAAAAGAGAAGUGUUUUUGUUUGUUUUUUCCUUCCCCCCACCCCCCUCUCUCUCCUUUUAAGAAGAACAGAAACAAAGAAACAAACUUCAGUGAUUUUUACCCCUCGUGAUGCCAGUCUCUUGUUAAUGUAGAUGCCGGAGGGGGGUGUGUGUGUGUGUGUGUGCACGCACGCUCGCACCCCUUGUCCACCGGGGUGGUCGAGGGCUCGCCCCGCUGCCCCCUGGCCACCCCCUUCCCCCCUCCUCCUCCUCCCCCCCCCAAAUACAAAAGGAGUGUAAUUUGUUUUGAGAGGCAUGAGUGUGUACAGGUGUGGGCCUCCGAAAAUGUGGGAGGCGGUUUGCAGUCAGGCGUGUUUCUUCCUUUUUGAGGGACUCGAUCGGGUCGGGGAGGGUAAUAGAGUUGCAAACCUUUUUGUUCACUCGAGGCCUUUGUCACCUGACUGGAGAUGGCAAAAAAAAUUAAUAAAAACCAUGAAACAAAUGGACAAAAAAUGCAAA